CCGAGUUUUUCUGUAAAUUCUACAUGGUUUUGUCUCGGAUAUAGUCAUGAUUACUGACGCCUGCCAGUGGGAGUUUGUUAAACACUGGUACUUCUGUAACCCUGCCAAUGGGGUUAAACAUUGGUUAUUACUGAUGCCUGCUAGUGGGAGUGUGUUAAACACUGGUACUAUUCCUGACGCCUGCCAGUGGGAGUUUGUUAAACACUGGUACUUCUGUAACCCUGCCAAUGGGGUUAAACAUUGGUUACUAUUGACGUCUGCUAGUGGGAGUGUGUUAAACACUGUUUUACUCAAGGGCUAUCCAUAUUUACUUACUGAGUUAUCUCAUAGUUUUCCUUGUCCACCAUUUCAGGAAGCGAAACCGAGGACGGGGAAAACCAAGGGGAGUGACGAGUUAGAAGGCUAGCCAUCUUGUAAAGUGAAUAUAGAUUUGAGAUGUAGAUCGUGAUCUUAAGAGUUAGAGUGUAUUUGGAGAUUUUAUGAUAUCAAAGUAAAUUUUUAAAGAUUUU